CUCGUCCUCGUACUGCUCACACUCGCCCUCGUCGCGACGCCGGCCGCCGCUGUCCUGGUCGAGUUCGACAACUGUCUCCCCGACUCGUACCGCUUGAACAACCCGCCGCUGCUUCAGUGGGAGCCCUUGUAUGUCGACGCCGUGUUCGACACCAAGACGCCCAACAACAAUCUCCGAGUCAUUGUCUGGGGGAAUGUUACGGGCUCACAGAGCUUGGGGCCGCUUCCCCCGCCGAAUGAUCCAUACUGGACCAAUCCGAAAGAGACCAACGGCAAAAUCGAGCAGACGCCCUAUAUCGACACUCUUGCUACGACGCUGAUCCGGAGAGUCAAUGUCUUGACGUACGAACCGUGGAACGACCGCUCCAAUUUCUGCGCGGCCAGUCUCGUUAAUGGGACAUGUCCGUUGGCACCCACGUUUGGCAAUGUUGACCUCCCCUAUGGACUUCCGUCGGUGAAUCUGACCCAUGACUUUUUCUCUUCAUACGCCUUUAGCUCCUUCUCUCUUACUUUUCUCGUCAUCAAUGGCGACAAGGCGGCCACAAAUAUUGGCUGUAUUUCCGCCGUAGUCACCCCUGACCUGGGUGGCCUCUCCUGGGUGCUCAAGUUCAUGCCCCUUCUGGUCCUGCUCUUUGCUGGCUUUGCGGUCCCAUUUGCUGGUAUCUGGAGCCCCUGGGGCACUACCAACGUCUUCCACUGGACAUCCAACUAUGGUCGAGACGCUGAUUUACUGAGACUCGUGACUCCCGGGUUUGGUGACUGUCUGCAGUACAUUCAGUUCAUCGUCCUGACUGGUGCCUUGACGCUUGACUAUCCUGGCUUCUUCCAACCUGUUGUGAGCCAAGUCGGAUGGUCAACCCUCAUGUUUAACGAGAGCUUUGUCGCCCACGCCGAGCCCUGGCAGAAUGUGGUGGAUGGUAUCUAUGUGACUAAGAAUGGCACAAUAUACGGGCUGCAAAAGAUGGCGCAGCUCAUUGGCAUGUCCCAGGCCGAGGACGUGUGGCCGGGCAUGAUGGUGUGGCUCUGUGUCAUAAUUGCCUCCGUCAUUGUUCUCAUCCAGGUCGGCUUUGCCCUCCAGUGGAUCUUCCGCAAGAUCAGAAAGACUACAGAAGAGGAUCUGCGGGCAAAGAAUAUCCCGUUUGUCAUUGGCAACGUGGUGCGCAUUGUCUUCAAUUUCAUGCUGACCCCAAUCGUGGCACUGUCAUGCUUCCAAUUUGUCGUCUCUGGCCAGUCGCCGGGUUGGACUGUUGCCUUGGCCGCGCUGACACUAGCGGUAGUUAUUGGCUUUGCCUCCUAUCUGCUUUGGCUGAUAAUCACUACGCGGCCAAAGUCAGUCCUGUUUGAUGACUUGCCUACUGUCCUGCGGUACGGGCCUCUGUAUAACACAUACGCUGACGAGGUCGCUGCAUUUGCUCUUAUCCCGAUCCUGCUCAACGUCAUCAGAGGUGUUGCUAUCGGUGCUGUUCAGCCCAGCGGCGUUGCCCAAGUUGUACUUUUAGCCAUUUGUGAGGUCAUUCAGAUUCUCAUGAUCUACGCAUUUCGGCCCUACCAAAGAGCCACCUCGAUGAAUAUCUAUCACAGCCUUUUCGCAGUUCUACGGUUGAUGAUCAUCAUGCUCAUGGUUACCUUUGUGCCCAGCUUGGGUGUUACCGAAGGCCCAAAGGGCUGGAUCGGAUAUGCCAUUUUGCUGCUCCAUGCCUGUGUACUCGCCCUCGGCUUCUUCCUUGGCGCUGUACAGACCAUCAUCGAAGUAAUUGCGAGGUUGUUCGGCGCCGGUGGAGACGAUGUCACUGGCUUGACUCGUGGUGGUCUCUCCAAGAUCUUUGGCAUGAGACAGCUGUCCAGGAGAGUCAACCACCGCCAGGGACCAUCUCGAGCCAGCCAGCUGUCCACCGCAGCCAUGCUGGAUGCCGAUGAUAGCGGAAAGUCUGGCUAUGUGAUGCCGAGUGGUCGAGUCCGCAGCGGUUCCGUGGCCAGCCUUAGCGGUGUCCUUACUCACCACCGACAUCGAAGCAGCUCGGCUCUUGAUAGUAUGUAUUCGGCCGUACACCGAAAUGUCGACACUGCCAGUUCGUACAUACCCGGAACGCCGGGUGAAGCCAGUACCUUUUCGUUUCUUGCGUCACCCUCAGCUGCUCGCCAGGGGCCACCUGGAGUUGUUCUAGAAGCCUCUGAUCCCUACUAUCGCCCCCCAAGGCGGCGCCGUGAGAUGACUGGUGAUUCCGGACAGUUCGACGGGGAACCACUCGUCAUUGAACCUGUCCUUCAGGUUGGAGGACUAGCCCCUGAAGCCCUUGAUGCAGCGGCAGAAAUUUCACGAGGAGCUACUCCGGCGCCUGGACACGGUAAUAACCUUUCAAUAAGCUUCCCCGCGAACCGACCAGAUUACUCAACCCGUGAGGUUGACUUUUACUAUGGCGUCCGGGGACCUGCGCUGAACUCAGAAGGCCCUGGCAGGAAGCUUGGAACAGGCCCUGCAGACCCGACUGGGCCGGCGGCGACGGCUGCUGGAUGGUUCCGCAGCUUGAUAUUUGGCGGCAAAACUAAAGAGAAGGGCAAGGGCUUUGAAGUUGUUCGAAGUGCCAGGAUGCCGCCAAACAUGGUUCGAAAUGGAGGCUUCGGCGAUGAGACACCACCAGAAGGCAUUCCAGUCGCGAUGGGCGUUAUUCGAAACGGGCCCAUCGAUUCAGACGAUGACGAAGAGCCUCAAAUCAAGAGGCCAAAGCGCCGGGAAGGCGAGCUGUUAACAGACAAUGGCGACCCACAGGACUCUGAUGACGAGCCUGACAGCCCGGUCACGGAUAGACUCCCUCGGGGGCGGAUGUCUCAAUCCGUAACAGCUUUGGGUUCGAAGAGAACCGAGGCCUCGCAUGAUGGAGUUGAUAGCGAUGGUGUCAGCGAAGAAGAUUUGUCUGAUGUUGACCUUGAUGUGCCUGUCAUUCCACGGAAGAGUUCUAAGAGACACUCGGCCCUGCUGGACCGCAACAUCCAGCUCACGCCUCUUGUCACGAUAGAGUCUGAGACGAUGCGUCCUGGUAGCCCUGGAUCCCUGCAAACAUUCCAGACUGAGUCGAGUGCGCAGCACGGUGGCGUAUCGUUGCUGCCUCGCCUCCCGUUUGAACGGAGAGGCUCUGACCGGCGCUCAGAUCAACGGCCGUCUUCAAAGUCUUCGCUCGAUUUUCCUGAUCUGAGAAACAUAGACUCGGCAGCACAUGAUGACGAUGCUGCCGGAUUCGGAACGGUUUCUCAGCACAGCAUCAGCCGAAUUGAUCCUCAUCAUGCUGAUGAUGGCAUGCUGAGCACUGCUGCAUCUGUCGUAGACGAU